AUAACAGCUGGUGGUUUUGAACUUGUAUAAAUGGAGUCCUGAUAAGAGAUAUUUACAUCAAUGAAACAUCUGGUUCCUGUUUUUGUUUCUCCAUCGUCCAUCGCUUGCAUUUGAAGAAUUAAAAUGAAGCCUGUCGGAGUGGAGGGCCAUCAUGAGGUAGUGAGAUGGUAUAAAUGGUUGGAGUUUGUCACUAUCAGUGCAUUGUAUACAUCAAUCUGGUCAUCAGCGUCCAUUAUUGCCCCCUUCUUUCCACCAGAGGCCAUAAGGAAAGGGGCCAAUCAGGCUUCAGCUGGGAUUGUACUUGGUGCGUUUUCUAUCACUUCAUUCCUGGUGGCUUCACCAUUUGGAAGUUUGGUUCAGCGAAUUGGUGGCAAGAAUAUGUUUCUUCUUGGAGCAGGAUUUUGUGGCUGUACCAACAUCGUUUUUGGACUGCUUGGGAGAAUUGAUGACAGCACAUCCUUCAUAGCCUCAGCAUUGAUCCUGCGUAUCAUAGAGGCAGUAGGCUCCUCAGCAGCAUUAGUGGCUGCAAUGUCAAUCAUCGGCGGUCACCACACUCACUACGCACCUCAGAUGCUGGGGCUGUUGGAUAUGUUCUCUGGAUUGGCGUUCAUGAUCGGACCAAUGGUUGGAACAUUAUUAUAUCAGGCUGGAGGUUUUGAGCUUCCUUUCUUCACUCUGGGUGGACUUUGUAUUCUUCUAACUGCCCUGAAUGGUGUUGUCUUACAAGGAAAAGAAACUAAAAUCGUCAAAGAUGACGCUCCAACCAGUUUGCUUCGUGUACCAGCGAUAUGGCCAGUGGCUUUUGCUUUGUUUAUGAGUACAGCCAGCCUAGCGGUGUUCAACGUGGGUAUUGCUUAUCACACAGAGAAGAUUGGUCUACUGCCAGCAGGUCAUGCUGGUGUGCCGUUCUUCAUCCAGGGGAGCACGUACGCCAUCUCCACCGCUGUAUUUGGGAUGCUUGUUAAUAAACUGGUGAAGCAGUACAAGUCAACGACUCGAGUGAUGCUGGUCUUGGGGUAUGUGUUGUCUUCUGUACCGUUCAUGAUGAUCGGUCCAUCACCGUGGCUGCCGUUUAUUCCAAGUAAUCUCCUGGUGCUGAGUAUCUCAUGUGUGUUAAUCGGACUAUCAAUGGGUGUAGUCUGCGUGCCAAGCAUCACAGACAUUGUCUUAUCAGCAGAGAGAAAAGGUCUGCCUAGUGGAUCUGCUGCAUAUGGCAUGGCAUCUGGCGUCUUCCUUAGUUGUUUUCAUCUUGGGUCCUUUGUAGGAUCGACCUGUGGUGGCACCCUCAUUGAUAGAUACGAUUUUGAAUUGACCACAAGUUUAUUUGCAAUGGGGAAUCUGACAGCUGCAGUAGUCAUCGCUUCCUUCAGCGUUUGGGAGUUUCAAUGUGGGAAAAGGAAUGCAGCAGAAAGAUCGAGUGACUGGCGUUGGGGAGAAUGGACAGAACAACCCAUGACACCACUUCUGACUGAAGAGGAUACUGCGGGAAGUUCAUUGUAGCUUGAAGUAAUCAGGGAUGUGAUUUCUCCGUUUUUAACUGAAUUAUUUUGUUUAUUUUUGUAUAACUAAGAUCAAU